AGUGAACAACAAAGGUCUAAGCUUUAUAGCUCAACGACCCCUCCGUGCUCGAGGAGGCUCCUCAAUUCUCCAAACCCAGGUCGAUAAUGGCGUCGAGCGUCUCCAUUUCCUCUUCCUCCUCCUUCAAAACCCUAACUCUCUCCAACCCAAACUCCCCGCGCCAUCGUAGGCGAUUUGGGAUCGCUUAUGCGAGCUUGGGGCAAAAAACUUUGGCUCCGGGUGUUAAGAUCUCCGAAGGAAACGGGGGGCUCCCCAAGGUCGAUUUGAGCUCACCUAAUGGCAGUGAAGCUGAGAUCUAUCUGUUUGGAGCUUGCGUCACAUCUUGGAAGGUUCCGAAUGGCAAGGACCUCCUAUUUGUUCGACCGGAUGCAGUGUUCAAUGGGAAGAAGCCUAUCAGUGGAGGAAUCCCACAUUGCUUCCCACAAUUCGGUCCUGGUCCUAUGCAGCAGCAUGGAUUUGCAAGGAACAUGAAUUGGUCUAUUGCUGACUCUGAAGUCAGUGAGGGAGAUCCAGUUGUGACUUUGGAACUAAAAGAUGACUCCUAUAGUCGCUCAAUGUGGGAUUUCAGCUUCCAAGCUUUAUACAAGGUGACUUUACACUCAAAGAGUCUGUCGACAACCCUAACUGUAACAAAUACGGACAAGAAGCAAUUAUCGUUUAGCACAGCGCUCCACACUUACUUCCGUGCAUCUAUAACUGGUGUAUCAGUGAAAGGUCUGAAGGGCUGCAAGACUCUAAACAAGGAUCCAGACCCUUCUAAUCCUCUCGAGGGUACGGAGGAAAGGGACGUUAUUACCUUUCCCGGCUUUGUUGAUUGCGUUUACCUCGAUGCGCCUAAUCAGCUCCACCUAGACAAUGGAUUGGGCGAUGCAAUCACUAUCCAAAAUACGAACUGGUCGGAUGCAGUUCUCUGGAACCCGUACUUGUCGAUGGAAUCUUGCUACAAAGAUUUCGUCUGUGUGGAAAAUGCUAAGAUAGGAAAGGUCCUCCUAGAGCCUGAGCAAACUUGGAUUGCCGAGCAGCGGAUCGCUACAAGCUGAAGCUGUGCCAGAGAGCUCGUGCCGUGAAGUAAACAGAAAAAAAAAAGAUGGUUUUCAUUUCGGAUAAUCCCCAUCGUAUGUGAGAUGUUUGCUUAUUGUGGGAAAUUAAUAAGGGAGAUAGAUGUCUUUUACUAAGAAAUACAUGAAUCUGCGCGCUCUCUUGUUAAUGUAGUUUUGAGUUAUUCGUGUUGUAUAUUAUAAUGACAUUUUAAUCAUCCGCGUAACCCCGAAAACAAAGGAAAAGAAUUCGAAAGCUCCAUUUUAUCUUUUGUUGUGGCAAUGACACUUUGUAGCUUAAUUUGUAUAUAUUUUCAGGAACUUGGGCUUCUUUUUGAAUUCUCAUUA